UUUUCUGCCUGCAUCUGACUGCCGUUGGCCGGUCCAGCAGCAUGAAAACAGCAACAUCUGUCCUAGUCUUAUUUCUAGCAUUUGCAACGAUAUUUGAUACAAAAUGUGUCAUACAGGAGGAAGAGGUUGACUGCAGUCAUUAUGAAAAGCUACCACCAGGAGAAGAGAGAAUUUGUUACGAAAUAUAUGCACCAAUUUGUGGAUCAGAUGGCAAAACUUACGCUAAUGAUUGCUUCUUUUGUUCUGAAGUUAAGAAAACUGAUGACAAACUGAAAUUCGUACAUUUUGGAAAGUGUUGAAUCUAUCUCGUGAUUCAAAAAUAUGUCUUAAUGCAUCUAUUCAAAGAAGACACUUCUUUUCUCAUAUAAUCUAUUCUAUAUUUUCUAACCUUGUCACCAAUUGUUGAUUUAUUUCUUCAAUAAAAUAGAACAGAAUGUAAUAAAUAUACAACUGACUGUCUUUGAGGUACAGGUAGAAUCGACUACAUUUGUUUUACGUUUGUAAGUUUAAUAGGCCAUCUUAGGGCCAUAUUUUGUGUCAAAGGGGUCCAUUAAGACCAGUAGUAAAGGGUUCGGCACUGUGAAGCAACAGGUUAACACCCUGGCCUAAAGGACGCCGGUUCGAGACCCGGCUGCUCUAUUUCCGAUCCAGCUCUCUGCUAUGGCCUGGGAAGACAGUGGAGGAUGGCCCAAGUCCUUGGGCCCCUGCACCUGCGUGGGAAACCCAAAGGAAGCUCCUGGCUCCUGGCUUUGGACCGAUGCAGCACAGCUCCAGCCAUGGUGGCCAAUUGGGGAGUGAACCAUCGGAUGGAAGACCUCUCUCUCUGCCUCUCCUCUCUCUCUGUAAC